AUGGGAUCUCUAGACUCUGACGCCAAAUUACCAUGGAUCAAGACGCCGUGUCUUCCGAAUCCUCAAUUAUCUCGUCUUACAGGAUGUAAUGUCUUCCUCAAAUAUGAAAAUCUACAGCCUUCAGGAUCAUUCAAGUCUCGUGGAAUCGGUAACCUUAUGACCCAAGCUGCCGCAGCGGCCACGGGCCCUGUUCACUUCUACUGCUCUUCCGGUGGCAACGCUGGCUUGGCGUGCGCAACUUCUGCCAUCUCGCUAGGUCAAAAAGCUACGAUUGUUAUGCCGACCAUCAUCAGCCCGCUUAUGAAGGGCAAGCUUCUUGAUCUUGGAGUAGAGGUGCAUCAAAAAGGCAAGAAUUGGGCCGAGUGCGAUAAGUAUAUGCGUGAAGAGCUGGUGGCGAAGGACCCCACGGCUGUUUAUGUCCCGCCGUUUGACCAUCCUCGGGUCUGGGACGGAGCAGCGACUAUGGUGGAUGAGAUCCGGGAUCAGGUCGAGGGACGCGUUGAUGGUAUCGUCUGCAGCGUUGGCGGAGGCGGUUUGAUCAACGGUUUGAUGCAAGGCGUUGAGAGUCGUCCAUGGCUAGGCGAAAAGCCAGCGGUUCUAGCCGUUGAGACGGAGGGGGCCGAUAGUCUCAACGCAAGUGUCAUAGCAGGCGAACACGUAACGCUGCCCGAGAUGACAUCGAUCGCGACAUCUCUCGGCGCUACGAGAGUUUCUGAACAGACAUGGAAGUGGAGUCAGCAUCCAACAGGGACGAUGAAGAGUCUCGUGGUGUCUGAUGCUGAUGCUGCUAUAAGUGCUGUGCGCUUCGCCGAUGAUGCACGCCAGCUGGUUGAGGUAGCGUGCGGUGCGGCUUUGGCAAUUGCUUACCGAGGAGACUUGAGAACGGUCCUUGGCGAGGGUUUGUCUGAUGAGGAAUGGAGUAAGAAGAAUGUGGUAUUUGUGGUUUGUGGUGGUUCUGGUGUCACGUUGAAUAUGUUAUCUGAAUAUCGGGAGAAGUACUCGGGGCAGUCAUCCAUCAAGGUCUGA